GGUGAACUGUUCGCUGCAGCUGAUGAAUGAUCAAAAUAUUGAGAGAAUCGUUCUAUAAUCAGCGGCACCGGUAGCCAUGGCUAGCUACUCCAACAUGACCCCCGGCGCGUCCCGCCACAGGCACCAGGAGACGGUCUACAAGGUGGGCAUCUACGGCUGGCGCAAACGCUGCCUCUACCUCCUCAUCCUCGUGCUGACCUCCGUCAUCAUAGUCAACGUGGCACUCACCAUCUGGAUCCUCAGGGUUAUGAAUUUCACAAUGUCUGGUAUCGGCAAGUUGCAUUUAUCAAGUAAAGGCGUGACGAUAGGAGGCGAGGCUGAGUUUCUGAAAGCGCUGUAUGCUGCAGAGAUCAAGUCCAGACAGGAUAAAAACCUUGUAUUACAGUCAGCCAGAAAUGUAACGAUAAAUGCCAGAAACGGGUUAGAAAACACAACAAAAGGACGAUUAAUAGUUGGUCCAGAAAGUUUAGUUUCCUACAACGAUAGAUUUGUUAUCUACGACACCAAGAACAAAAUGUUAUUCUAUGCAGACGAGAACGAGGUGGUCAUUGGUGCCAAAAGGGUCACAUUUACAGGGAGUGAAGGGACGGCGUUUAAGGGGCCCAUCCAGACACCUCAUGUGACAUCAGAGUCUGGACAAGAUUUAAGGCUGGAGUCCGUGUCGUCAAAUUUAAUCGUAGAAUCCCCUCAAACCGUUAGCCUUACCUCACCGAUUGGACAAGUUUCCGUCUCAUGUUUUAAUGACAUCAACCUCCGAUCCAGGCAGGGCAAAAUAUCCCUGGACGCGGCCCACGUCGAGAUCAAGAACCUCCAGGAGAGUGCCUCAGGAACCAGCAGCGAUGCUGACGUCUUUGAACUGUGUGCCUGUCGGAACGGCCGCCUCUUUCUGGCCCCGCCCACGACAGGGUGCCAGGCCAGGGCGGAGCUGUGCGACUAAUCAGUGUGCACGACUUGCCAGCGCUGUAAAAACCCAGGUGACUUUUUAUACAUUGCAAAAUCGGCCGGAGUUGCUAAAAAAUUAUCAACUUUGCGAAACACUGACAAACGUGGAGGUACUUUCCUAUUCGGUCAAGGUAUGGCGGUUUUAAAGGUUUGGAGGUGGAAAGCAAUUUUAAAUUGGUUGUAAAUGGUUGGUCUGUUAUAGUCAAAGUGAAAGAAAGUUAGCGUGUACCAAGUCUUUCAUUGUAGGACUUAGUGAGGGUGGCCAUCUUUGCCUCCCUUCGUACAAUGGCUGUUUCAGAAACCUCGGAUUUGGCUGCAACUCUAUUAAGGGCCUGAUUGUUUCAUUCCAGAUCCUGAUCGAGAUCAUGUAAUCCAGCGCCGUGCGAAAACAAACAGGCGCACGCGAAUGUCGUCUGCUUCAGAGUUUGUAGGCAGAAGAGCUAUUUUUUGACAAGCUAUCUAUAAUUUCCAGAAAAAGUAAUCAAUUGUACUAUUUUUAAUCACGAAAAUACAUUCUAAAAGAUUUAUGAAGACAUAUUGUCACAAAAGCUCAACUGAUGCUUCAAAUUUACUAAAAACCUCACUUUUUCUCUCAGUCCGUCGCGCACGCUGCCAUGUUUGAUCUUGCGAACACACCUCGCGAGCAGGAUCCGUUAAAAGCGUUAUCGCGAUCCCGAUCUGCACGAAACAAACAGGCCCUAAACUCUGCUUUAGCAACAGUUUGAAAGCUUCGAUCAAGUUAGGACUAUGGCUCUUUAGAUUGUGUCAUUCUGCUGUGCAUGAAGCCAUGGCGUCAUUCAGUCUGGUGCAUGAGGCAAAAGCCCGAAGCCAAAGCCGAGGUUUGAGAAAUGGCCUGAUUGUAGUCUGGCGACAGUGAGCUGCAUCGGCAGUAUAAGCACUGCAGUAUUUUCUCGCCCUCGGGGAGCUAGACAUCAAAAUGGCCGCAGACUGGUAAAGGCCCAGCGGUUUGCAAACCUUCGCAAUGGGUGAGGCAAUAGUGUUUGGAUAAUGAACUGAAAUGACCUGUUCACAGUUUACAGAGACUUACUCUUUCUGUUCAGAAAGAGUGCAUUGUUUUAGUUUGAAAAUGUUGAUACUUUUGAAGAACUCUUUGAAUACAGCAAGCAUUCCAUUGUGCUCACAUAAAACUACAGUUCAUAACUGUGAAACUAUCAUAUUAAAACAGUAUUAUUAUUUAUGGUCAUUUUUUAUAGUCUUGAGAUAUUUUGGGGGUGAAAAUUGAAACCUUUCCCCUUAUAGUAAUUCAUUUGUAUGAGAAUUUUUCUCAAAAUUGUAUUUGAGUAAUAUACAAUGUUAUGUAGAUGGCCCUAUAAAUGACAUGGCUCAAAAACUGGACUUCAUCCGUACUUAGAGCCACACAGCAAUGCAUGCUAAAUUUAGUAAUCAAAGGUAGAGUACAUCAAUCGCAGCUAUCCAAAAAGCAACUGACAAAAUUAUUGUUGAAAAGCGUACUUCGUUUGAAGAUAGUGAAAUCACCACAUCCAGUGAAGGUGGCCGUGUAACGCAGCUUCUCUGCAAGUGGGUGGAACCAUUUGGCCUGGUUUUGGUUCUGCAUCUGCAUGGCGGGAUUGA